AUGUUCUUGUCACCCGAAUGGAGUCAGAGUAACUAUGCAAAGGAAGCUCUUGGGAAAGAAGUUGCGAGAUUUGCUAUUACUGUUGCUUUUUGGAAUGACAUUGUUCAAGCACUUAGAGUUGGUAAUCCUUUGAAUAAUGUACUUCGUAUGGUGGAUGGGGAGAAAAGACCACCAAUGGGAUACAUUUAUGAAGCCAUGGAUAGGGCUAAAGAAGCUAUUGAGAAAGCAUUUGAUCAUGAUAGGAGGAAAUAUGAGAGAGUGUUUCAAAUCAUUGAUAAAAGGUGGGAUGAUCCGCUUCAUCAACCUUUACAUGCAGCAGGUCAUAUUUUGAACCCCGGAUUGUUUUACACAAACAAUGAGAACAAGACUUUAGAUUUAAACGUUUGGAAGGGGUAUCAUGCAUGUGUUGCGAAGUUGGUGCCAGAUGAAGCGAUGCAAGACAAAAUAGGGGAAGAGUUUGGUGUGUAUAGGCAAGCCGAUGGAAUUCUUGGAUUACCUUCGGCCAUUAGAGUUGAAUGGCGGAUGCAAUUUGGUUAUGAAGUUCCAAACUUGCAACAAUUUGCUAUUAGAGUUCAAAGCUUAACUUGUCGUUCAUCCGGAUGCGAGAGAAAUUGGAGUGUUUAUGAACAUAUUCAUAGUAAGAAGAGGAACAGGCUUGAGCUAAAGAAACUCAAUGAUCUCGUGUUCGUAAAAUAUAAUAGAACAUUGGCUCAUCGUUACAAAGCUCGCAAUAUCAUUGAUCCAAUUUUAUUGGAUAACAUUGAUGAAGCAAAUGAAUGGUUAACCAGAGGCCCCGAAAAUCAUGAAGAAGAAGAAGAAGUGUUUGAAAGAGAAGGUCUCACUUUUGGUCAUGUUGCUAUGGCAAGUGGAAUUGAAGAGAAUGUUUAUGGUUUUAGGGAAAGUACUUUAAGGAGCAAAGAAAGAGUAUCUACAAGUACAAGUACAAGUAGAACCCUAACUAAUGAAGCUGAUGAAGAUGAAGAUGAUGACCAAUAUAAUAACUCGAACGUGAUGACACUUCAAGUGUUUGGAGAUCUUGUUGAAGAAUAG